GCUUUUUGUGCACCUGGCAGCCCUGUUGGGUACAGCGGCAAAGUUAAAACCAGUUAAAACUUGUAAAUUCAUAUUUUCAGAAACGAUUUCGUUAUGGCGUCUACAAAGUGUAAAGUGGAAUCAGGUAUUCAAUUAUUAGCGCGGUUAUCAAAAAAAACAAGUAUUGAACGAUUUUAUCCAAUCAUUUUUGAAAAUGGACCAAAACUAGGAGAUGUUAUUGAAUUAUACAGUGAGGGAAGUGCAUCUUGUCUCCUUGCAGAUUUAAUAUGCGAAUCUCUAAUGCCUAAUGAUUUAAAUGGACCUCAAGCUAGCAUUAUAGUUUUUAAUACUGAUGGUAAAUUGACAUUGGAUUAUAUUAUAACUUUAGCGAAAACUAAAUUGGUAAAACGUUUGAAGAGUACAAAUAAACCAUGUCAUGACUACAAUGUUAUAAAUACUUUACUGAGUUCUAUGUUGGAAAACUUGUUUAUUUUAGAAAUUUAUAAUAUAACUCAAUUCUAUGUUAGCAUUCAAAAUUUAGAGUCUUUUUUAGUUAAAAAUCCUAAUGUAUCACUUUGUAUAUUUGAUACACUAACAGCUUUUUAUUGGGAUGAACAGAAUUUACAGAAAGUUACUAAAAUGGAUUCAUACAUCAAAAAAUUACUCCGAAUAAUUCAAAAAGUAGUAAAAGAUUUUAAAAUAACAGUUCUAUACAGAAGACCAGAAUAUUUCAGCACUAGUAAAGAAUCCAUUGAAAACUUAAAACCUUGCUGUGAACACACAGCAUCAGAACAAAUCAAUUACAGAAUACAGAUUGUCUAUAAUGAUAAGGAUGCUAAUUUCAUUAAUGUUAGGACAUUCAAUGGACAAUUUAAAAAAGAAUUUAAUAUACUUGAUGAUGAAAUAGUGUGGUUAUAGGAAAAAUAUAUUUUUUUAUAAGAA